AUGUCAAACAACCUCCAACAUCCUUCUGUCUCAGACGACACUUCUACCACGAACGAUCAUGAACCCGACACAACCUCUAAGCCGAGCAAGAGGGAUAUACUGAAAUCCGUAUUCACCCUCGCACCUUCCAUACCUAUCUCAUCCGAACAGCAGAGGCAAUCUGCGCUCGUAGAGAAUGAUAUACAGCGGGAUUAUGCGAGAAUGAGGGAUGAGGAUCUACAAGAGCUGCAGAGGAGGCAGGGAGCUACGAGGGUUAUUCAGAGGUAUUACAGAGGGUAUAGGGAUAGGAAGAUGGUUAAAGGAAUGAAAUUACAGCGGGAUGCAAGAUGGGAUGAUCUCGUGAAACAGACUGGCGAACAAAGUUACUCGAAAGGUCAAUUGGAUAAUAAAAAUGAUGUGAAGUCUAGAUGGCAUCGUGCAGUCCAAGCGGCCUCUCGACUCGAAUCGGGCGAGGGCCUCUAUAAUCCCCCUUCAGAUCUUAUCGAGGAUAUACCAACGGAAGAAAUACCGGAAUCCACCAAGAAAGCUAGACGAGCGACUUUCUGGGGUAAUCUCAGCUUACCUAUCGCCAAGGAUCAAAACACGGGCAAGGGCAAAGAUAGGGAUGAGAAUGAGGUGUUACCUUAUCAGAGUAAAGCGCUGGAACAGCAACAUUGGCUCGAGAUGAUUGACGGUAAACAUAGAUAUGGAAGUAAUAUGAAAUACUAUUUCAGGAAAUGGAAAGAAGCUGAGACUCAGGAUAACUUCUUCAGAUGGCUAGAUAGAGGCGAAGGCAAAGAUCUUGAUCUGGAAGAGAUGCCUAGAGACAGACUGGAAAAGGAACGAAUCAUGUAUUUGUCUGCCGAACAGAGGUUGAAUUACUUGGUUAAAGUGGAUAAAGACGGGUUAUUGAGAUGGGCAAGGAACAACGAGCUUGUCGAUACUGCCGCUGGGAAAUGGAAAGAUGCGGGCGAUGGUAAAGGGAUAAUACCGGAAGAUAAUUCUUCAGAUAACGAAGACGAGCAACGACCGCGUAAAGAUGAUUAUGCAACAACAUCAAAGACACCUUGGAAAGCUCGAAAAUCCCACAAAACCGGAUCGACCCCAUCGUCAUAUGGAUCGGCGAGUGAUCUGUCGAUAUCGUCGGAUAGCUAUUCGGCGGAAUCGGAUUUGGAUGAUAAUGAGGAUACCCAUUAUGUAGGGCUGGAUAAGGCUGACGAAGAGCAGGGUUGGUUGGAGAGAAAGAAGAAGAGAUUGACUCCUGGCGGGAUGAGGAAGGAAUUGUUGAGGAAGACUGUAAGACGCAAUACCUGGAUUUACGUUAGUGAUAUGAAGUUAAACUUAUUUGUCGGGAUCAAGCAAAGUGGUAAUUUCCAACAUUCUUCAUUCCUGGCUGGAGGCAAAGUCACAUCGGCAGGUAUAAUAGUAGUGAAACACGGAUUGAUCAAAUCGCUCAAUCCGUUGAGUGGACAUUAUAGGUCGUCCAUCGAGCACUUCAGAGCUUUUAUUGGUCAACUUGAGAAUAGAGGCGUGGAUUUGAGUCAUGUUAAGAUUGCCAAGAGUGUUCUGUCAUUAUGGGGUUUAUCGAAAUACGCCAAGAUAACCAAACGUGAACAAAACUUCAUAUCCACUAUCAAACAUGCUUUGCACAUCUCAUCUGAACCUACUGAAGAGGAGAAAUCAGCCGAGUUGAAAGCCAACGCCGAAAGGGAAGAGAAGGAACAUCAGGAAAGGAUGAAAAGGGUUCAUAUUGCCGAGGAGGAGAGUGGGCUGAACGACCCUCAACGGAAGGGGGAUGUAAAAGAAGGAGGUGACGAAGAGGAAUUGAGGAAGGUCAGGAGGGAAGUGCUUUACGGUAAAGAAAGAGAAAAGGAUAUAGAGGAUAAAGAGCGUAAGGAAGAUACCAAACGGGAAAUACGACCUGUAUGA